AGUUUGAGAUGAUCAGUGUUAUGUGAAGCUGCUCGAAUGAGCAGGGGUUCUGAAGGGAUCGUGUCUAUUUCUGUUAUUAGAUCUUUUACUUGACUGCAGGCCUUUCCGGAAGUGGCUCCGAGCCAUAGACGCAGGAAGGUGGGGGAAUAGAAAAGCUAAAAGAGAAUCUAGGGGAAUAAUAUAGUUGUUGCCGGGCGAACACUGCCACUAUUAAACCAACGAAGAGACAUUGCUCUUCGGAUAUUUCCGUCUUCCCCAAGAGAGACGGCGAGCGUGAGGGAGCCUCGCCGACACACAGCCCAGACGGAGGGAUAAAAAGACAAGGAAAACAAAGGGACUAAAGAACAGAAGGACUGAAAAGAGGACAGAUAACAGAGAUCUUUCAACGCACCUGGAAAUCGCUUCCAGGAGUGUGCGUUCAGAAAGUUUUUCUUUCCGUCUGCUUUGAAUUUAUUGAGGAAAUAAAAUCUGUUCAUACAGUAUUGAGAGAGAGAGGAGAAAGUUACCUAGAGCACAUGCCUGUUUGCCCUUUAUGAAGGCUGACUACAAGAGACAGGGCCAUUUUAGGUGAAAGCACACCUGUUGGUUUCUACAUACAGCACAGAGCGAGAGAUAUCGAGAGCGAGAGCAGAGGAGGAGUACAGACCAGUGGGAGGAAAGGGGAAUUUCGCCUUCUUUCUCUUUCUCUUUUGACGGGUUUUUGUCUUUUUGUCAUUUAUCUUUCCUUUUGUGGUUCUUUCAGCUUGUUGAUUAUUUUCUUUUCUUUUUACUUUGUUUUUCUCUCCCACUGUUCCUUUCUGUCUCUCCAAAAUAGAAGGGGAAAAGAAAAAGUUAGUUUCUUUGCUUGAAAAGGAAUCGUAAUAUGCAAGGUUUGAUUUUCAGUUGAGAACAAACUCUGUCUUUCCUGUUUGUGGAAGGUGUCCUUUGUAAUAAAAUACGUUGGGCGUGCGGGGAAAGAGAGAGAGAUCAGACAUACAGGAGACCCCUGUGUCAAGGCUCUGUGGACCUAUAGACCUCCAAAGCAGCAGGGGGCACUAUAGAGCGAUAGCGAAGAGGCAUUAUUGUCUCUCCUGAGGACAUGGGAUCGGAGAAGGACUCGGAAUCCCCUCACUCGUCUGUCAGCGGGGUGCCAAAUCCCAAAUGCCGGGCUCCUGGAAAAAAGCGGGGGCGGAUUUCCUUCCACAGCCUCUUCCACAGCAAGCGGGGUUCCAGAGGGGCCAAGGGGGGCGCAGGGACCCCGACGGCCCAGCAGCAGCACCAACUACAGCAGCAGCAGCAGCAGCUCCCGCCGCCCGCUGUGGCCCCCGCCCCCGCCCCCUCCACGCCCCCCGCGGCCCCCGGGGCCCACCUCGCUGAGCCCCUGAGCUCCAGCCGCGCGUCGCUGGCCGGGCCGGACCUGCUGGAGUGCCCCCUGUGCCUGGUGCGCCAGCCCCCCGAGCAGCUGCCCGAGCUUCAGGGCUGCAGCCACCGCUCCUGCCUGUGCUGCCUGCGCCAGUACCUGCGCAUCGAGAUCACCGAGAGCCGCGUGCAGCUCAGCUGCCCCGAGUGCGCAGAGCGCCUGACCCCCCGCCAGGUGGCCGUCAUCCUGGACGACGCCGCCCUGGUGGAGAAGUACGAGGAGUUCCUCCUGCGCCGCUGCCUGGCCGCCGACCCCGACUGCCGCUGGUGCCCCGCGCCGGACUGCGGGUUUGCUGUGAUCGCCUCUGGCUGUGCCAGCUGUCCCAGGCUGGUGUGCCGUAGGGAGGGGUGCGGAGCCGAAUUCUGCUACCACUGCAAGCAGGUGUGGCACCCGAACCAAACCUGCGACUCGGCGCGCCAGCAGAGGGCGCUCUCUCUGAGGGCCCACAGCAGCCACUCGCCCAGCUACACUCAGGACCAGGGGCCUGCCGAUGACAUCAAACCCUGCCCGCGCUGCGGCGCUUACAUCAUCAAGAUGAACGACGGCAGCUGUAACCACAUGACCUGCGCGGUGUGCGGCUGUGAGUUCUGCUGGCUGUGCAUGAAGGAGAUCUCUGACCUGCACUACCUCAGUCCAUCUGGAUGCACGUUCUGGGGGAAGAAACCUUGGAGCCGAAAAAAGAAGAUUCUCUGGCAGCUGGGAACCCUCAUCGGGGCGCCCGUGGGCAUCACCCUCAUCGCUGGCAUCGCCAUACCCGCCAUGGUCAUCGGGAUCCCCGUCUACGUCGGCCGCAAGAUCCACUCGCACUACGAGGGAAAAAAGACGUCCCGUCACCAGCGAAACCUCGCCAUCACGGGGGGGGUGGCCCUGUCAAUCAUCACCGCUCCUGUCAUUGCGGCCGUCAGUGUGGGCAUCGGCGUGCCCAUCAUGCUGGCCUACGUGUACGGGGUGGUGCCCAUUUCCCUCUGCCGGGGCGGGGGCUGUGGGGUGAGCCGUGGCAAAGGGCGUGGCGUUCGGAUCGAUUUUGAUGAAGACGAUGGGCCAAUCACAGUGGCGGACGCUUGGCGGGCGCUGAAGUCACCCAGCCUGGGCGAGAGCAGCUUGGAAGGAGGGGCUAGCGGCCUCAGCACCACCUCCCCCAGCGAGGGCCUGUCUGUGGCCCCCGGGGGCCUGGGAGACACCCCCCGCUUCAACACUCUGGCUGGGGGUGCUCUGGGCACCAGGGCAGGCAAAUACAGCAGGCUGGAGGUGCAGGGUGGAGAGCUGUGUAAGGAGGGAGCUCAGAGGGAGACGGGUAGCCUGGGUGCAGUGAGUGACUGUGCCAGUACCCGGGGCAUGGCGGGUUCCAUCACUUCCUCCUAUACUCUGCCCGACAGGGAGUGCACAAACCUUGAGAUCCAGGUGGAUAUUGAGACAAAACCUAGUCAUCUCUGUCUGGCCAGCGAGGAGGACUUGGCUCCACCCCCUGUCACCAUGGCUCCCGGCCAGGGGGAGGAGCCUCAGGACUGCAGCUCUCGGAGGGGCAGGAUACUGUCGGGCUCAUCACUGGCACUGUCGCCUGGAGCGUCACUGAGGGAGGGACUACGCGAUGUCACACUGGCCCAGCCGGAGAGUAUUCGCAGUGACCUGGAGAUGUCUGACACCCAGUCGGACGACAUCGCCGAGCUUACAUCGGACGACUGCGACUCACCACACCCCAAAAGCUGCCGCCCCCCUCCCCCGCCCCAGCCUACGUGUCGAGCCUCUUACCCGUCUGACAGCCUGCACUGUUCUGACAACAUGAUCCUGUACGUGUGAGGGUGGGAAGCUCAGUGUUGCACAACCCUAAAUAUUCUUUUUUUCAUUCUAUUAUUCUUGUCUCAGACUUUUAUAUGUGUUAGUAUUACAUUUUCAGCUUUUUCUUUUUGAUAAUUUUAUUCUAAACACUUUAAUUGUACAUCCAGACACCCCAUCUGUACAUAUGUAUGUGUGUUUACAGAGAAUUUUCAGGUUCUACCUCUUUGAGAAUCAAAACUCUUUGUUUACUUCUUGGAGCAAAAACACCUUUUUGCUCUUUCAGAAAAAAAAAACUGAAAGUACAACAAGAAAUACAGCAAAAAAUAAAACAAAGAGACAAAACAGCUAAUGAGGCAUCACCAAGCACACUCAGUUUAAGGGAUUCUAAGAGGUUGUCUGAGUGGGUGUCUGAGCUUGAGUGCUGGGUGUUUGUGGAGGGGAAUGUUUUUAUCUGUGUGGGAGUACAUGACUCUUUGCAUUUGUGCUAAAUUGUUUUGGCUUUUUGUUUUCUAUUUAUAACUGACUGCCUUUGACAAUUGUGUUAUAUGCCGUGUGCAUGUGUCUGCAUGAAUGUGUGUGGGUGUGUAUGUGCGUGUGUUGUUGCGUAUGUGUUGGUCUUUCACACUGACUGAGGUUGUUUACACAGAGACAGGACUUUAAAGGUGGCCCUGCAUGUGAAUCUCACAUGCACAGAGGAAGAGCUUCAGUGGUUAAUGGGGGGGGGGGGGGUCUGCUUGGUCUGUGGUCUGCCUCACAGACUGUGCUUAUUCACAAGCUGACUGAUUUCUGACAGGCUGUCUGUCUGACCCGCUGGCUCACUGUCUGUAAAGGUGUCUGCAUGAAUGUCUGUGUCUGCCUGUCUGUCAGCUGAAUAUGUGUCCAGACAGAGCCUGGACUGGGAUGGAUCAUCACCCCUGGGAGAUGGUGGGGGUGGUGAUGGUGGGACAGUCUUCCAGUUUGCAGAUUACAUUAAAUCCACACAGCCUAAAACACAAAAAUGCAGCAGAAAAUGGGGCAAAAUAUCAUCUUUCAAUUUUCCUCACAAGUUUAAUGCCAUUGGAGUGAGGAACUUCUCUCCCUUCAAAUACUUAACCUUCUUACAACAUCACUGCGAUGUUGCUGAAAUAUUGCAGUCAUAAUGUAAGCACGCACCUGGGAUGUGAGGAGAGAAAACUGAGGUAGUCUAUAUGAGGAAGCUCACCUGCUGUAUUUGGGCACAUUAUACACUGUCUGUGAGUGGGAUCGAUGUCAAUCUGGCUGUCUGUCUCACUGUAUGCUGGGAAAGUGAGGCUUGGGCACUUGUGCACUUUAACUCAAAAACAAUUAACAUUGCUGGUAUUAUUUAUUUUUUAAUCACUAUUUGUACUUGUCUCCCUUUUGUGGCUGCCAUUUGCUUCAGUUUUCUUCGCUGCAGAAGAUUCACAGUUAUAGUGAUUGUGGAAAAGGCAAUCCCCAGGGGGGAGCCUGGUGGAGUAUUCAGAUAUUGAUUAGUCUGGUCUGUUUAUGUGACUGGACGGUGCUUGGUUUGUUUUUUUAAAUGUGAUCCAGUUUUGCUUCUUUCUGCCUGUGAGAACCUACAUGAAUGUACCAAGCAAACUACUGCAAAAAAACAAAAAACAAAUCAACUGUUAAAUAAUUGUGGAUGGAAGAAUUAUAAAUAUAUAAAUAGCAAUAUAAGAAUAUAAAUAUAUAUCUCCAGCACCGUUUUUGUAUGCGUCCAUAUAGGGCAGUGCACUUCGGAGUGUUGGGGAGAAUGUGGAGGCUGCUGGGAAAUAAAUGCAUUGUUCUAUUGCACCAACAUAUA